ACAGUAAACAAUACAACAACAGCUCUCUGUCUCCUCUGCAGAUCAGACUGAGACUCUGCUGCUGAACUCAGUCUGACGGGAACAACACCGAGCUGCAGGAGUCUCAGGUUUUACAGGACUUUACAGAACCCUGAAAGCCUUUCAAGGACCCUGAAAGACCCCAGAACCCUGAACGCCUCUCCAGGAGCAUGGACCCGAAGCGUCUGUCCUCCAGCUCUCAGCAGCAGGUUCGUCUCAGGAUAAAGAGGACAAAGAGAGAAUGGAGACCACUGGAGGACCGGAGCUGCACCGACCUACCCUGGUUCCUGCUUUUCACCGUCUUCUGCGUUGGCAUGGGCAGCAUCUGCGGCUUCACCAUCGUCACCGGCGGCGCUGCUCGUCUCGUUUUCGGAUACGACAGCUACGGCAACACGUGCGGUCAACGCAACGAGCUGAUCGAAGGCGUCCGGCUGAGCGGGCUCGACCACACCGACAGGAAAUUUGUCUUCUUCCUGGAUCCCUGUAACAUCGACAUUGUGCAGAGGAAGAUCAAGUCUCUGGCUCUGUGCGUGUCUCUGUGUCCCAGCGAGGAGAUGAAGACGUACCAGGACCUGAAGAGGUUCGCCAUGCUCAACGGUUCCGAGUUGUGUUCCUACGAGUUAGCGGGUCAUAAAUAUCCCGGUCUACCUGAGAGAUUCUCUAAAUGUCCCAAACUUCCUGUUCCACCCAGUAAGCCGUUGCCGGUGUUUAACCGCUGCACUCCGGUGGAUAUUUCCUGCUAUGCGAAGUUUGCGGAGGCGGUGGUGACGUUUGUCGGCGAUCACAGCGUCCUGCACCGACUGAUCGCCGGCGUCGCCGCCAGUAAAGAGAUCAUCAUCGGCCUGUGUGUCCUCGCUCUGGUCCUCUCUAUGAUCCUGAUGGUGAUCAUCCGUUACAUCUCGGCCGUCCUCGUCUGGAUCCUCACCUCACUUGUCGUCCUUGGGUCUCUUGCGGGGACCAGCGUCCUCUGGUGGCUCUACAUCGACCACCGGCUGUACGGGAACGACACCAGCACCAAGCUGAAGGAGGAUCUGAGGGAGGAGCCGAAGGAGGAGUUGGAGGUGCGCAGGGACAGCGGGCAGGCGCUGCUCGUCUACGCCGUCGCUGCCACCGUCUUCACCAUCAUCCUGCUGCUGCUCAUGCUCUUCAUGAGGAAGCGCGUGGCUCUCACCAUUGCUCUAUUCCACGUGGCGGGGAAGGUCUUCCUGCACCUGCCGCUGCUCAGCCUGCAGCCCUUCGUCACCUUCCUCGCGCUGCUGCUCUUCUGGAUCUACUGGAUUCUCGUGCUGCUCUUCCUGGGGACCAGCGGGAACCCGGUGCAGAACGAGGAGACGGCUCUGACAGAGUUCAGGCUGACGGGUCCGCUGCAGUACCUCACCUGGUACCACGCUGUGGGUCUGAUCUGGAUCACGGAGUUCAUCCUCGCCUGCCAGCAGAUGACUGUGGCCGGAGCCGUCGUCACAUACUACUUCACUAGGGAUAAGAACCGUCUCCCGGUGACGCCGAUCCUGUCGUCAGUCGUCAGGCUGGUCAGGUAUCACCUGGGAACCGUCGCUAAGGGAGCCUUCAUUAUCACGCUGGUGAAGAUCCCCCGACUCUUCCUCAUGUACAUCCAUAACCAGCUCAAAGGAAAGGAGAAUGCGUGCGCUCGCUGCAUGCUGAAAACAUGUAUCUGCUGUUUGUGGUGUUUGGAGAAGUGCCUCAACUAUCUCAAUCAGAAUGCAUAUGCAGCCACGGCCAUCAACAGCACCAGUUUCUGCACGUCUGCACGUGAUGCCUUCGUGAUCCUGGUGGAGAAUGCACUGCGCGUCGCCACAAUCAACGCCAUUGGAGACUUUGUGCUCUUCCUGGGGAAGAUCUUGAUCGUGACGUCGACAGCGUUCGCCGGCGUGCUCCUGCUGAACUACCAGCGGGACUACGCGGAGUGGCUGCUGCCGCUCGUCAUCGUGUGUCUCUUCUCCUUCUUGGUCGCUCACUGCUUCCUGUCCAUCUUUGAGAUCGUGGUGGACGUCCUCUUCCUCUGCUUCGCCAUCGACACCAAGUACAACGACGGCACCCCGGGGAAGGAGUUCUUCAUGGACAAAGCUCUGAUGGAGUUCGUGGAGAGCAGCCGGCGGUUGGAGCGGGCGGCGAAAAGUGGGCGAAGCCGUGUGAAGGAGGCGGUGUCGGAGGGGGCGGAGAUGAAGCCCAUGGCUCCGGGGACGAGUUCAGCUUGACCAAAAUCAGCCAAUGGGACUUCUUAAAAAAAAAAGAGACAUUCCAAAUGUUUAUUUUUGCCAACGUGUAACAUGUUUACUAUGGUUUCACUCCAGGGAAAACAAUAUUUUAAUAAGAAACUGUAAAAACGUAACAAUGUAAUGAAGCACUUUAUAUUGAAGCGCUGCAGAUUUUCAACCGGCUGAUGCAUUUUUUCGUAGUGAUGUCCUUUUUUAUAAUGUGUCACAAACUCAUCGAUCACACUUCAGUUCCUAACAGUUUUACAGCGUUUUCUUUUUUAUCAAUGUUUUUGUUCUGGACUGUGAUGUCAUCAUAGGGGCGGAGUCUAUGGGCAGGAACUCCUCGUCUGAUUGGCUGAUAAAAAUCUGGGUCAGCUGACACAUCAGAAAAAUAAGUGAUAAUAUCUGUUAGACUCAAACUGACUGCAGACCAGCAUCCAGCAGUCUAUCGGGCCACGGGUUGAAACCACAGCAUUUAAGGUAACUUCAUUUCUUUUCAAUCUGGACCCGAUUUUUCACUAAUAUUAUUAGUAUUAUAAUAUUGGUUAGAACUAGAUUUCAGUUUUAGACUCGUGUGAGCCAAACAUCUCCAAUUAGUCCGAAAGUCGUUUUGUUUUUAUCCAACAAAUAUUAUCAUAUUCAGUUUGUUGAUCCAGGAGAAGUCACAUGUGGUGUUCCAUAGGGAUCAAUCUUAGCACCACUACUGUAAUAUGUCAAUUAUAUUAAAUCUGCAGCUCUUUCUGUAUGCUGACGAUUCAGCUGAAAUACUUUAUUGUCUACUUUUUGUGUGCAAUAGGCAGAAAUCUGUCUUUGGUUUGCAUUUUUCAGAAAAGAUGGAUGUAUUCAUUUCCAAAAUUCACAACAUGUUUUUAUCUAAACAAAUAUUCUGCUUCAGAGACUUUGAAAGUAAAAAAAAAGACAUAUAGUACAGACUUAAAUAAAAUUCAACGCAGCUUUGGUCUUUUUUUGGAGCGAGUGAGGAUCACCCUGACGACACUCUUUAUUGGUCCAGUAUUGAGAGAGAGCACUGCAGUGUAAUCGUGAACAUACUGACGGCUCAGACUGUUGUUAGAAGUUUGGACUACAUUAUGGAGAAACUGAAAUAAAAACCUGUUUCUUUACCUUGAUCCUCUCUGUGUGUUGUUGAGUCUAAAGUCUUGCUCAACGAGAAAUCUCUUCUGAACUCCGACGUCAUAUCCACAAUGCAGCGCUCUCUCUCUCAAUACUGGACCAAUAAAAAACUCCAUCAGACACUUAGACACAGAAAGAUGAGGAAAUAGGCUCCAGGUUGAAAAAUAUUGAAGUUACCUUUAAACAGACAGAUGCCAUAGUUUAUCUCCGACCGCUGAGCCCAUCGUGACAUAAAGCCAGCUGAUCUGUCUCCAUAAACCGUCGCCUGGAUUCAACUUCCUGUCACCUCUUCACCCUCAUCAAAAUCCAGAGAAGAAGAAGUGUGUGGGAGGUGACGGCUGAGUUCAGACAGUCAGCAAUAAAACAAACUGCAUCAUGGGACGACGACAACAUCAACAACAAUAAGUCUUCCUGCUUCUGUUUGUUUUGAGGUAUUAUUUACUUAUUGUCCAACACAAGGCAACUGAUUGGGCAACAAAAAGUCAACACUCAUGUCUCAUCAGCUGUUUGUGUCCGUCAGCGUAGUUUGUCAGCAUUAGGCGGUUUAGGCUAACCUUUCCGCUGUAAUCCUCCAGUAAACAGAGGAAACAUUUAACAUCUACGAGAGAAAAAUAUUUUAAUUCUUCACGUUUCGUGCUGUAUAUAAUUAUAAAUCAGCAGAAACAGCUGAUCAUGUGACUUAAAUGUUCGUCACAACUUAUUCUGUAAAGGAGUUUUUUAGCAUCAGUGCAUUUUACACAAUGAAGAAAACACCAAGAGAGAGUUUUUCUAAUGCGAUACUUCAAAAUGUGGAUUAAAAAAGUGAAUGGAAACAUGACGUCUCAGCUGUGGACCUUUUGAGUUUGUCUCACGUUUCCAGAAACAUACAGAAAUCCAUUAGUGGUGACUAAAUGUUGACACGUGUUGAGGGCGACUCGUGUUGCUUUGUUGUCCAACUUGUUGUCCAACUUGUUGUCCAACUUGUUGCCUUGUUACCUUGUUGCGCUGCAGGUUGAAUCCAGACGUCCAGACUUUGAAUAAAUCUCUUGUUUCCACGCAGAUUACCUGAAGUAUUAAAACUAACUGACUCUGUGUGGUGACACUUUGGUUCUGAAUAAUCAGUCGUUUUAUUUCUGUCGCUAAAUACUACAAUACCAAUGACCCUCAGCUGCAGUGGAGAUGUGUAAGAGACUUUAAGCAGCGAAGGCGUUCCAGAAACUUCUUCUGAACUGUGUCUCUGAACUUAGAUCACUUUAUAGAUGCUCCUGCAUUUCAUUUUGAUCAACCAACACGUAGCCUAAGCUAACUGGUUAGCUGUUACGUUUAGCUGCCGCUCAGUGAUUCAGCGGAGGUUAGCUAGCUCAUGUCAUGCAAGAGGGUUCAUGGGUAACAGUGAGCUUUUUAAAAAAACGUUCAAAACAUUAUCGAACAAUAAUUUGGCGGCCCCACUGUAGUAACUGAGGACCCCCUAGGGGUUGCAGACCCCCCGUUGAAGACCCCUGCUCUGGAAGAGUUUAAUAUCAGAGGAUAUACUGUACGACACGGGGGUGAGAACAGCUGUUAACUUCAACCAGGAGGCAAUUGGUUUUUAACAGAAAGAAAACCUGACAAUCUGGAGAAACUUAUUUGAAAGUUAUCUAAAUCAUUUUUAAAUUUAAAAUGUUCUUAAGACUAGACUGUCAAAAUGUAAAAACAACGUCAAAAAUAAAAAGUCAAAUAAACGUAGGCCUGGCUAGCUUCUUUCUGAGGUCGCCCAGCUGUUGCGAUGGUAACGUGUAGGAAUGUUCAAAUUAGAGCGUAUCUGUUUUUUGAAGAACAUUUUUGAGUUUUUUUGUCAGAGACGAUAAGAACGUAUAAUUACCUGCUCACACUUUGACGUAUUGCUGGGAAAUGCUACAGGAAGAGUCCAGGUAGAAUCAUGCAUGCACUAAAUGUUCUGAGAAAGGAAAUGUUCGUUAACAUGCAUCAUGAUACAUACAUACAUACACAUACACACUCUGAUUAUCUCCAAACAGAUGCUUCUGUUUCCAUGGCAUCAUGAGUAUUACUGUGCAGUAAAUAAAGAGUCGGUGCAGCUGGAUGUUUGGAUUCAGCCUGUUUCUGCAACGUCAACGUUUGUGAUAAAUCUGAAGAAUUUCCGUCCAGGUGUUCCUGAGAUAUCGUGUUCACGAGAAUGUGACAGACGUUUCUUAUCCGCCUCGAAUCCAAGCCCUGCGCUUCAACGCUGUGAAACGAAGGUUUAGGCAACAAAAACUAUUAGUCAGUGUUAGAAAAAGCUUUGGCCGUAACGUCACAUGACGUAGGGUCGCUAAACAAACGUGACUUGUUUCACAUGGGACACAAACAGCAGGGAGACCCUGUUUGUUUGACCCUAUGGGGACUUUAACUCGUUAUCAUUAAUGGCCGCUUGAUAUAUUACGUCACUUCAAAGUAUCUGUGGUUUGCACAAACGUACAAUGCCCACAUCUUUUCUCAUAUGCGGGAACGUUUUCUUGACUUCCGCGUUGAUGUCUCCACCGUCGGACUGUUAUCAUUCAAACUGCAUUUAACAUGUUCGUCUCCGUUGGUUGUUUUGAGCUGACGGCCUUCACCCAUCUUUCACGACGUUUGUAUCAACAACAGCACGAACACACGGGCUAACACCGACGGGAGCAUCCCUAGCUGUGGUGAAGUUUUCUAACUUUAGUUUUGUGGUUUUAAAUAACCCACGUGAAUCUGAAGACUGUUUCCUGGCUUGUUGUAGAGAAGCUGAUCCAGAACAAGUUGCAUGUCCAUGUUGUAUUCACAGCGGCGCAUCGUCUGCGUUUAGAUUCACUAAAAGCUCCGACACGGUUUACAGUCGGGUGUAACACUAGUUUAGGUUUCUCUGCAGUAACAAUGAAGAACUUUUAUUUUGUUCUGGGGUGACUUUUUUAUAUUUAUCUUAUGUAUAUUUGUUUUGUAAGAAAAAUAAUAAAAUGGAAAAUUUGAAUCUGUU